AUGACUCUUACGACCAUCAAUAUCGAGGAAGUGAAGACUUCUGUGGAUGCCUCGCUCAAGGAACUAGAGCAGGAAUUGCGGGAAUUGAAUUAUCAAAUCUGGUCAAACCCAGAGCUUGCUUACCAGGAGCACCGCGCCCACGAUACGAUUUGUGACUUCCUCGAAGGACAAGGCUUUAGUGUUACUCGCCACGCCUAUGGUCUAGAUACCUCCUUUGAGGUUUUGAGUGGAACUGAUGGACGGUUGAUCAAUUUCAACGCAGAAUAUGACGCAUUGCCUGGAAUUGGCCAUGCCUGUGGUCACAAUCUGAUAGCGACAAGCAGUAUUGCUGCGUUCCUUGCGCUGUCGUUUGCCAUAAAGAAAUUUGGUAUCCCUGGUAGAACCCAGCUGUUAGGCACUCCGGCUGAGGAAAGUGGAGGCGGAAAGGCCAAAUUGAUUGAUGCCGGCGCUUACAAGAAUGUUGACAUCUCGCUAAUGGCUCACCCUGGACCCAAAAAGAUUUAUCCUGACCAAGAGCCAUCUGAUGGCAUAGCUGGAACGUCGAUGAAUGCCCGCAAGAAUAUUUACUGCGAAUUCACGGGCAGGAAUGCCCAUGCCGGUGGAAACCCUUGGGAAGGGAUCAACGCGCUUGAUGCUCUGGUCUCGUCUUAUAACAACGUUGCGGUUCUUCGACAGCAGCUUCUUCCGGAUCAACGUGUUCAUUGUGCUUUCUUGGAUACACCCAAGGUAGUCAACGUGAUACCGGCUUAUACGAAAGCUUUCUGGCAAGUACGCAGCCCUACCUUGAAAGGAUUGAAUACUCUCAUCGGUAAAUUGCGUAAUUGCAUUGAGGCCGGUGCCUUGGCCACCGGUUGUCAAGUCAAGAUUGAUGAGGAUGAACUUUAUACCGAUGUCCGAUUGAAUGAUACUCUCUGUGAACGCUACCAGGUUCACAUGGGACAGUAUGGUCGCAAUGUUCUCAAGCGCCAUGACAAGGUCCUAACAGCGUCGUCUGACAUUGGAAAUGUAAGCUACGAGACCCCCACGCUUCACACAAUGUUUGCGAUUCCGGCUCCGCCAACUUCGUUUCCACAUCAUCCGACGUUUGCAGCUGCAGCUGGAACAGAUGAAGCUCAUGCCGAGGCAUUGAUUGUUGGAAAAUCACUGGCAUUGAUCGGUUGGGAUAUGAUUGUGGAGAAUGAUAUGUAUGAUGUGGCGCGGCGCCAAUGGAAAAACGAGAUUAUGCGGGAGGAGUAUAUGCAUUUUUAG